CGCGUUCGCGACGAGUAUCCUAGCACACAGGCAAUCUGCGCCCUGUCCAGCCAUCCAGAGCUGCUCCAAGCUUUCCCCACCACCGCCACGAACCGUCGAGGCUCCGUACGACCGCAGGCAGCGACAAACGAGUACUUUAUACUCAAUCAUCCAGUCCUCCUCCCCUUCGUUUCCUCAGAUCAAUCAGCAAGGAUGGGUAGAGAUACUCGCCCCAAACAGGCCGUGGGCGGCUCGCUCUUCACGAGGAUCAAAGAGUCCCGAGUACUCCUCAUCGGCGCCGGCGGUGUCGGAUGCGAGCUCCUCAAGAACCUUGUCCUGACGGGCUUCGGUGAGAUCCACCUCGUGGAUCUCGACACGAUCGAUCUGAGCAACCUCAACCGGCAGUUUCUGUUUGGCAUGCAGCACAUCAAGAAAUCGAAGGCUAUCGUGGCGAAAGAGACCGCGGGCAAGUUCAAUCCGAACGUCAAGAUCGAAGCGAUCCACGCAAACAUCAAGGAUCCGCAAUUCAACAUCAAAUGGUUCAAGCGUUUCAACUUGGUCUUUAACGCACUCGACAAUGUGGACGCCAGAAGACAUGUCAACCGCAUGUGUUUGACGGCGAACGUGCCUCUUAUCGAGAGCGGAACUACGGGGUACCACGGUCAGGUGCAGCCAAUCAAGCAGGGAGUGACAGAGUGCUAUGAUUGCAACGAGAAACCGGUGGCCAAGAGCUUUCCUGUGUGCACCAUCAGGAGUACGCCGAGUCAACCGAUCCACUGCAUAGUCUGGGCCAAGAGUUACCUCUUCGCUGAGGUGUUUGGAACGUCUGAGGAGAGCACGCCGGAGCUGGACCAGAGUGAAGACUCCGAGAAUGCGCAGGAAAUCUCCAACCUCAAGCGCGAAGCGGAGGAGCUCAAAAAUAUCCGCGAGAAGAUGGAAUCGCCGGAUUUCGCUGCGUCCAUCUUCGACAAAGUAUUUAAGCGCGAUAUCGAGCGAUUGCUGUCGAUGGAGGACAUGUGGAUUACCAGGACUCCCCCAAAGCUCCUCGAUCAUGCCAAGAUUGCGGAGGAGGCAAGUGGUUUGGGCCCCGAAGUCGCCGCGAAUGAUCAACAGAAAUGGUCCUUGGCCGAGAACUAUGCGGUGUUUGCCGACAGUGUCAAGCGUCUUGCAGCGAGGGUUUUGGAGCUCAAAACUAGUGCGAAGGAGGGAGAAGCACCGCCGAUACUGAGCUUCGACAAGGACGAUGAGGACACCCUCGAUUUCGUCGCUGCUGGUGCCAACUUGAGAUCGUACAUCUUCGGCAUCGAGUUGAGGACCAAGUUCGAUAUCAAGCAAAUGGCGGGAAACAUCAUUCCUGCGAUUGCUACCACGAACGCCAUCACGGCUGGAAUGUGUGUGCUUCAAGCGUUUAAAUUUCUCAAGGAUGAUGUCAAGUCUGGCAGGAUGGUCUUCAUCGCCAAAAGCGACAUAAAGGCCCUGAACGGCACACUCCUAGACGUUCCAAAUCCGAAUUGCCCGACCUGUGGCGUUGCACGGUUGGCUGUCGAGGCAAAUAUCAACCGUGCUACUCUCGGUGAACUCGUAGAGAAGGUUGUCCGUGGCCGCUUUGGAUACGGAGACCUCAGUAUCCUGACAUCGGAAAUGCUUUACGAUCCCGACUUCGAGGAUAACUUGGAAAAGCCGCUCAAGGAGUUGGGCUUCGGUGAAGAGACGUUCGUCACUGUCAUCGACGAUGAUGAGUCUGGCGAUGUUCAACCUCGAGUCAACCUUGUCAUCGCCGUCACCCACAACGAGGCACUCGAUGAGUCUAUCCCUCUCCCGGAGAAGGUCGAGAUCCCUCGGAAGCUGAAGACCGAGCAGGAGGUAAGCGAAGAGGAUGACGACGAGGAGCUGAUUCCGAUUAUUCUUGACAACGGCGUCAAGCAUGCGCUUGAAAAUCCGGACGAGAAUGGAGUCGUCAAGAAGCGAAAGCUCGAUGGAGACCUUGCCGUCGGCGAGAGUAGACCCAGCAAGAAGCAACUUGUCGGUAGGCCUGUGGACGGACCGAUCGAUGUGGAUGACGACGGUUCUAUCAUGAUCGAUUAGACGAACACCGUCAAUACACCAUACUGCUACCAUAGUUUCUUAUUUUUCUUUGCGCUUGUUGACUUGUAUUACUUAGGUUCCUUCCUUCACUUGUAUCUUCCUCUCUUUCUGUUUGGUAUUCAUAAAUUGUGGGCUGGAGUGCAACUGCUUCUGG